GUAGACUGCCGAGGCAGGUGGAGCUUCAACUAAUUCUAUGGCCUUUUCAGGGCACUGGAGAUCAGGACCCCGGAAAGUUUCAGGCAUAGAAACUUUGGUCAUUCUUGACGAGGAGAAGGCAGGAGCAAGACAAUGCAGAUGAGUAAGGAGAAGAGACUCAAGAAUGUUAGGUGCCAUGGAUGAUGACAGGAGGACUAAAAAUCACUUGUCCUGAUUGAAAAAUACACAGGCCAUUCGAAUCCUUAUCGUCGCCACCGCCUCGGGUCCCUUAUUGCAUCAGCUAAGUUAAUUAUCCUACUGAAAUAUCAAGAAUGCUAUAAUUAUACGCUUGUUCUUUUUAGCUGAUAUGAUGAUAUCCUGUUGCAAAAUUGUUGGCUGUCCACAAAUUUCUUCAAUGCUGUAGACACCAUGAAACUAGUUCCAGUGUGGAAAAUCCUUAAAAGCUUCGAUGUUUAUUUCUUUUGAUUCUGACUUAACCAUAAUUGCAGGGCCCUCUUUAAUCAUCGCCCUGUUUGGAAACUCCAAUGAAAAUUAAGGGAUAAAUUCAAUCAAAAUAAGAUAGAAAAUAUCAACAAAUACAGAGAAAUGCUCGUCUAUAAAAGUCGUGUUUCAUGGGACCCCAAAAGCGUAAAUUUGAAGGAACCUGAAUUUCUGAGAACCGAUGCUACACAAAGGUCAGAGCCAUGCCGUUCGUGGGCCCCACAGGAACAGAAUAUGCAAGCUUUACAGCACCCUGCUUACUCGCCUUCUAUCUAUUUAUGUGAAUCUCCCAUCCUCCUUGUAUAUAUAUAUAUAUAUACACAUAUACACACAUAGACGUGUGUAUCUACCAUCCUCCUUCCUCCUGCAUUCACCACCGCCUUCCGCUUACGUCUGAAGGAAGGCUUUAGUUCUCCUGUUGCUGCCUUGUGCUUCCAUCUCUAUACAGGCGUAAUGGUGAAUCUAUGCAGUAUUCUCUUCCUAAUUCUCGGCAAUUCGUUUAUUGCAGGAGUUUAUUCGUCGGCGACAUUUACGGUUGUCAACAAGUGCGAGUUCACAGUUUGGCCUGGCAUUUCGUCCAACGCUGGAAUCGCACCGCUUCCGACGACUGGAUUUUCUCUACAGAGUGGGGAAACUAAAAUCAUCAAUGCGCCGUCGUCUUGGGGAGGACGUUUUUGGGGGAGGACUCACUGCAGCGAGGAUUCAUCGGGGAAGUUCUCCUGCGUAACUGGCGAUUGUGGCUCCGGCAAGCUAGAGUGCGCCGGAGGCGGUGCUGCGCCGCCGGCAACGCUCGCAGAGUUCACUCUCAACGGUGAUGCUGGUAAGGACUUCUACGACGUCAGCCUCGUCGACGGUUACAAUCUGCCGAUGCUGAUUGUUCCCAAGGGCGGCUCCGGCGUCAAUUGUACGAACACCGGAUGCAUAACCGACUUAUUGAACAGCGGCUGUCCUUCGGAUCUGCGCGUGACGAGCAACACCGGCCAAGGCAUCGCGUGUAGGAGCGCGUGCGACGCGCUGCAGAAGGACCAGUACUGCUGUCGCGGAGCGUAUGGCACACCGGACGCCUGCAAACCGACGCAGUACUCGCAGGCGUUCAAGAGCGCGUGUCCACACGCGUAUAGCUACGCGUACGACGACAGCACCAGCACCUUCACUUGCACUGGGGCCGACUACACCAUAACGUUCUGCCCCUCGCCCAACACGAGUCAGAAAUCAUCAUCUGGCGGAGGAGCUUCAGAAUCGGACGGCAAUGGCGGCAGCUCACCUCUUCCUUUAGACGGCAACAUGGUAUACGAAGGCGCGUUGGAGGCAAGCGCCGCAUCAUCCACGUGCGGGCACGUGGUGGGCGUUCUUGCCGUCGGCGUUGCGGCCUCAGUAUGGCGGUUGUGUCAUUUGCUUUGACAAUUUUGGAAAGGUAGAGACGGUGGGCCCCCACGUAUCUUGUCGGGCUCUAAGUGGGCUUCGUCACGUGUGGGCCACUUUCGGGCCCACGUGGCAGAAGCCCAUAUGCAGGAAAGGGUAAGGGAUAUUACGACGAAAAUUAAAGUAGUGGUUUGGUCCUUGAAAAGAUUAGAAAUGUGAUUGGGGAAUACUAUUAUCAUAUUGGCAAGAGGUUUAAUUGAUUAAAAUUGGGGGAGAUGGAGACUCAUUAGGUAGGUAGGGUUAGGAAUAUAAUAAUAAUAAUAAUAAUAAUAAUUUGAAAUUAUAAUUGUUGUUGGUGUCAAGGGAUUAUUUUACAUUUAUGCCCUUCUGUUA